AUGAUCAUGAAUAGAGGACCACAUUCACCGCCUAUUUCAUCGACAAAGAUGAUUAGAUCAAGUGAAAAAUUUUUCACAUUAAUAGCCGCACAACGAUUGUUUCGUACUGAUAAUGGUGAAGAAAUUAAUAAUACACAAGCACGAUUAAUGGACAAUAAAGGUUUGGAACGAAUGAAAAAUGAUAAAAAAUUAUCAAUUGAACGUAAAUUGGUAUUAAUGUUACCAUUUUCAAUUGUCAGUAAAAUUGUCGAAAGAGUAUAUCUUGGUGGACUAGCAUCAUUGACAAUUGAGAAUUUUCUUCUCUAUUCCAUACGAUUAGUAAUCAAUGCUUCACAUGAUUUACCAUUGUUAAAAGAAACUGAUAUUGAAUCAUAUCGUGUACCGGUGAAUGAUGAAAUUACCGGUGAUCUUCUUAUGUAUUUUGAUGAUGUAUCCGAUAAGAUUUAUGAAUUUUUACAGAAAUUUUCCGAAAACAGUGUACUUAUACAUUGUAUGGCUGGUGUAAGUCGAUCAACGACAUUGGUUAUUGCUUAUCUGAUUAAAUAUCAUAAAAUGACCACAAGAGAUGCAUUCAAAUUGGUAAAAACAAUACGACCAUUUAUACGACCAAAUAUUGCAUUCAUUGGACAAUUGAUGGCAUUUGAAGAAAAAUUGAAUGAUUUUUGUACAAGUAAAAUAAUUAAAAUUUAUUUUGACAAUCACCUAGUAAGGAUGCCAAGUUUUUAUGAAAAUGAUCAUCCAGAAUUAUAUAAACUUGAAAUACGUAAACAAACCGAUGGCGAUAAAGUAGAAUUAUAAUUCAUAUUUAGCAGCAACAUCAAUAUUGGACAUGACUAUUGAAAUAUAUUUCCAUCGUCGACGU